AUGGACUGCUUCUUCCGCGCGUGCUUGCUGGCCAUCGCCAACGCCGUCUGCAUCGGCGGCACGGCGAUGAUCGUCUACGCGUUCGUCAACCUGGCGCGGAAGCCCCACAGCAAGGGCUCCAUACUCGAGGCCUCCGUCUUUCUCCUCUGCUGGGUCAGCGUCACGGCCGGCGUCUGCACGGCCAUCUGCGGCGACCUCUUCCAGCUGUCGGCGCUGAGUCGGUGCCUGGCCUCCAUCCCCGGGGCAGUCCGUGGCGCGGGCCGGCUUCUCUGCCUGCCGUGCCGGUGCGCGCGCGCCCGCCGAAACGUCGUCAACGGCGGUGCGGGCGCUCUGCCGCAGUUUCUGGACCAGACACCGAGUCACAUGCCCGUGCUGGCCCGGGAGCCACCGCUGCAUGUUGGCGCGCGGGUGGUGACGGCGUAUGAUAUCCCGGAGUACGAGCAGCCGGAGGGCGGCGGUGUGUCGGAGUGCACGAUUUGCCUCGGGGAGGUGGAGAAGGGAGACGCGGUGAAGCGGAUGCCGGUGUGCCUGCACAUGUUCCACCGGCAGUGCGUCGACCAGUGGCUGCAUGAGCACUCGACGUGCCCGGUGUGCCGGUGCGUCGUCUUCGCGCCGUUACCGGCCGAAAUGCAAAUGGUGUGA